ACAGGUGCUGACUCGCCAGAGUGUAGAUCUGUCUACAUGUAUCCGUCCUAUGCUAGAUUGAAGGCAUUUGACACAUCGCACACGAAGUUUGCUUCGAAGUACAACCUGUUCUUGUAUAGAGAACAAGGGAAGGAUAAAAUACCGGACGAGAACUAUAAGGAGAAUCCGCUAGAUGGUAUCCCGGUACUGUUCAUUCCAGGAAAUGCGGGCUCUUUCAAGCAGGUGAGAUCAAUAGCAUCUCAAGUGUCGAACGUCUACCAUGACAAUUUGGACGACGAGUACUACAAGAAUAAGAACUUUGAUGUGUUUGCUGCGCACUUCAAUGAAGACUUCACUGCCUUCCAUGGACGUACAAUGUUGGAUCAGGCGGAAUAUCUGAACGAUGCAAUUGCAUUCAUACUAUCGCUCUACGAUACACCUUCCUCGGGUCAGAGUCGGCCAAAGUCUGUAAUAAUCAUUGGCCAUUCAAUGGGAGGUAUCGUUGCCAGAGUCAUGCUCACAUUGCCAAAUUAUGUUGAGGAUUCUGUUAACACGAUCAUCACAUUGGCAGCACCUCAUGCCGCAGCACCAGCAACCUUUGACGCUGAUAUCGUCACAAUAUACGCAACAGUGGACGAGUUUUGGAGGUCUGGAUUCUCGAACUCCUCAGAUCCAGAUUCCAUAAGCCACGAGAGAUUGAGAAAUGUGUCUUUGGUCUCCAUCACCGGUGGGUUGUUGGAUACGAUCCUACCUGCAGAUUAUACAACCUUGAAAGGAUUAGUUCCGCCAGAACAUGGGUUCACUGUUUAUACGACGGGAAUCCCUCAAGUAUGGACACCUAUUGAUCACUUAGCAAUUGUUUGGUGUCAUCAAUUGAGAAUUGUCCUUGCUAAUACUCUUUUCGCUGUGGUGGAUCCUUCCAGCCCUUCAAGAACAAAACCAUUGGAACAGAGAAUGGACGCAUUCCACGAAAUACUGCAAUCUGGAUUUGAGAAGGAGGUAUACCCUCCAUUGUCGAGUAGUAAAUCAUUACAGGUUUUGCUGGACAGAGAUCAUGUGACAUUUGAGUCUUCGUCAUUGAAUUUGACUUCUGAUUCAAAGGUACAUUUGAUCCCGAUACAUGAGACUAAGGAUACGGGAAUCAACAUGGUCUCAUCCUUUCCUCUCCUCAAGUAUGACGGAGUUGAGAAAUCUCCCUUUCUUCUGCUGUGUAACAAUUCAACCACUUCAGAUGACAGUUUGAGGUUUGAUUCUAUUCCGGCUACUGAUAAGCUAGAUCUGACUUGUAUUGAUAUUUCUUCAUUCUCCCAUCCUCUUCCAAACACAAUGAAUCCAGAGAGUAAACUCUCGGAUUCGACUUAUGGAGGUGAUUUGAAUCCACUCUAUGGUAUGGCGUUGAAUUUAAGCACUCAGCAGUUCCAAUACGCGGUCUACAAAUCACCUGAAGCACUACCAGAUAGCUUUAUCGACUUUCAGAUUGGCGAAACAGUCAAUGUCGUUGUCAACAAGUCAUUGCUUCAAUUACUGUUUGGUACAACUGUUUCCCUUACAAACAUCUCGACAAACAUGGUUACAAAUAUUGAAUACAAGAACGUUUGGGACAGCUUGUUGAGCUACAGAGUACAAGUUGAUACUCACUCAUCAAAUCCAAACUUUCACCCGAUCAUGAGACAACAUAUUGAUGAGCCGAUGGAAUCUAAAUGGCAUAUUCACCUCGACAAGCCUCACAGCAUAUCGUUCCAUGGUGUUGCUCCAUAUACUCCUUUUGAACGUGGUAGAGCUAUCUUGAACUUACAAUUGUGGUUCCCACCUGAUACAACUGAUCUUACUGUGUCUCUAAGGAUUGAUCUCUGGAACAGUUUGGGCCUUCUGGUUCUUCGCUACAGGUUGGCUAUCGCAUCUCUUCCAUCUGUUGUCAUUCUUCUAUCGAUGAUAUACCAGUUUUCAGCUUACUUCAACAGCGGGAUUUUCCCACCAUUCGAAGAAGGGUUGGUUGCACUUUCGAAAUAUUCAAUGUGGAUAUUCCUUGUACUAUCAAUUUUGACGCCGUUGACGUCUUCACCACUUUUUAAUGCCUUUCUGUAUUAUCUGGGGCCAGUGUCAUUAACACCUCCAUCUGUCUCCAACUCUCUUUCCUUGAACCAAUUUUUCCUUGGUCUUGAAGAUAACCAUAUUUGGACACUAGGACCGCUACUUUUUUCAAUUGCUCUUGCUCUGGUUUAUAUUGUCCUCCGGGUCAUUCAGCUCAUUCUUCUGCUCUCUCGAAAUAUUGGCUGCUUAUCUAAGGUGAUGUCAUGUCAGAAGAGACGAUUCUUUGGAUCCAUUGCUUUGGUGAUAUUCGUGACCAUUUUUAUCCCAUACCAAUUUGCGUACUUGGUUUGUUGUAUAGUACAAGCGGUCACAACAAUCAAAUGGAAUGCUGAAGUUCACCAAAAGGAGAAAGUCGAUAUAAGCAAAGUGAGUCUGUUAAAUUUCAACGUCUCCAUCUUGAUGUUGAUGUUAUGGGUGCUUCCCGUUAACAUCCCUGUUCUUGUCGUUUUCCUCCACAACAUGGCUGUCAGAUGGUACACUCCUUUCACUUCCCAUCAUAACAUCUUGAUGAUCCUGCCUGUCAUUUUAUUGGUUGGAAGGAACGUGCAAGGGAUUAUGCUGCCUUCCACACAAGGAUGGGCUCAGAAAAAGUUUACCAUUUUGAUACUUGUUUAUUCGGCUUUCUUCGUGUUGAUCUAUGGUAUCAGACAUCUCUAUUGGUUACAUUAUCUUUUGAAUUGUGUGUUCGUCUGGUUAUUCGUGCCUACCCUC